GAUGCACAUGGAUCCCCUGAAAAGGCAAUCACAGAUCACAGUGGUGAAAAAAAGAAACUCAACAAAUCCCAGCAGCUGAAACAAGUUUUUAAAGAAUAUGGUGCUGUAGGAGUUUCAUUCCAUGUUGGAAUUUCGUUAAUAUCUCUAGGAAUCUUCUACCUGGCUGUGUCAAGUGGUGUGGACAUGCCCGCAGUUCUCUUCAAGCUGGGUUUCAGCGAGUCCUCGCUGCAGUCCAGCCUGGCUGCUGGGCCCAGCCGCUUCCUGCUGGCCUAUGCCGCUCACAAGCUGUUCGCCCCGCUGCGGGUCAGCAUCACCCUCGUCUCCGUGCCGCUCCUCGUGCGCUACUGCCGCAAGAUGGGCUUCUUCAAACCUCCCGCCCCAAACCCAUGA